CGGGUCGGUAGCAAACAGGGUACCAGGAGCGAGCGGAAGAGUGGUCAGGACAGGCGGAGGUCUUUCAGAGUCAGGAUCAGGCAGGAAGCAGACAGGAUGCAGAGUCAGGAUCAAAGGAUGAUGCAGGUACAGGGGCUCAUGGAAAACAUACACCAAGGCACUGAUCACAGGCCUGGUCCUGUUUAAAUACACCUCCUGCAAUCAGCCUCAGGUGAUGGCCUGAUUGCAGGAGUGAGAUUCUGGCUGCUGAGAGCACCCGCUGGCCAGCCUUGGUACUGCAGCCCACAAGGCAGGUGAGUCCCACCACCAUUGGCGAGUCCAUUCCUGACAUCA